CAGGGAUGGGAAACAAUCGCAUGAAGGGAGCCGACUCUGGUGUCUCACGGGAAAGAAGGCCUUUGUAAGAUUGACAGGGAGCUGCAGCCCUUCUUUUGUGAGAGAUCUCUUCUUUUAGAGACUAGAUUCAUCGCUGUGGUGACCUGUUUGGUUCUUCAAACCUCUCUCAUUUGUUAUGGAGACGUUUCCUCCCUCCCAGAAUGAAUCGAACCACACCUGAGAUGUAAACCUCUUCUAUCACCCAACUCCUUUUCUUCUGCCUCUGCCUCUUUCUGCAUUGUGAGACUCUGCUACCCCUUCGCUCUGGAGUUGAGAAAAUAGUUGUCUCCCCUCCACACCUUCCCCUUGGCAAAGAGAUUUUCUUCUACAGCAAAUGCUUUUUUAUUUUAUUUUCCUGGCGGUUUUGAAUUAUUAUUCGGGCUUUUUUCACUGCUACCACCACUGUUGAGAAACCAUUUAACUUUUGCAAGGAGACUUUUCCACAAGGAGGGUGGAUAUGUGUAUGUGUGCGCGCGCAUAGCUGGUUUAAAAAAGGGGAUGUUGGAUGGUUUCAUUUGGCAGUAUAGCAUAAAAGCGGACUCUCCUGAAGUCUUUGGCUGUGCAACAGAUUUUCAUAAAGGGAAACUGAAGUGGAAUAACAGCGGUUUGCGAUCGCUCCUUGGCAUGCUUCUCGUAUCCUCUGUUUGGGGACUGCCAGAGAUGCUGCAGACAAUUUACGAAACCGAAUCGUGUUUCUCUUCAGAUGGAGUUUCUGGACGUGAGCCGCCCCUGGAACUCCUGUCUCGGGCACAGAUCCAUGCCAUACCUGUGGCAGCUGUGGACUUAAAGCCGGUACUUCCCGUGGUGAUGCAGAGCUCUUGCAACAGCAGCAGCAGCAGCAGCCCGGUGGACUUGCGGAUGGAUGCUCGGCCCAGUAUGCCUCCCGUAGAUCCAGCUGUCCGAGAACAGCAGCUGCAGCAGGAGCUACUUGCCUUGAAACAGCAGCAGCAUUUGCAGAAGCAGCUCCUCUUUGCCGAGUUUCAGAAGCAGCACGAGCACCUAACACGGCAGCAUGAAGUCCAGUUGCAGAAACAUCUCAAGCAACAGCAGGAGAUGCUGGCAGCAAAGCGUCAACAAGAACUGGAGCAGCAACGUAAGCGAGAGCAGCAGCGGCAGGAAGAGCUGGAGAAGCAGCGUCUGGAGCAGCAGCUUCUUAUCUUGCGCAACAAGGAGAAAAGCAAAGAGAGUGCAAUUGCCAGCACUGAAGUGAAACUGAAACUUCAGGAGUUCCUUCUCAGCAAGUCAAAAGAGCCAGCUGCAGCAGGUGGCUUGAACCAUUCCCUCCCUCAGCACCCCAAAUGCUGGGGGGCUCACCAUGUCUCAUUGGACCAGAGUUCCCCUCCCCAGACAGGAAGCCCGGGAACACCACCCUCUUGUAAACUACCUUUACUUGGCACUUACGACAGCAGAGAUGACUUUCCACUCCGGAAAACUGCCUCGGAACCCAACUUAAAAGUGCGCUCACGGUUAAAGCAGAAGGUUGCAGAGAGGCGGAGCAGUCCCUUGCUGCGAAGGAAAGAUGGGACCGUCAUCAGCACCUUCAAAAAGCGAGCAAUUGAAAUCACAGUGUCUUCAAUGUGCAACAGUGCCCCUGGCUCUGGCCCCAGCUCCCCGAAUAGCUCCAACAGCGCCAUCACUGAAAAUGGGCUUACAGGCUCAGUGCCCAAUAUUCAUACUGAGAUGCUGCCCCAACACAGAGCUGUCACCAUGGAUGGGUCAGCUAGCCAGCUCAGCUUGUACACUUCCCCAUCUCUGCCCAACAUCUCUUUAGGACUUCAGGCUACCGUCACCGUGACAAAUUCACACCUCAACGCCUCCCCGAACCUUUCCACACAGCAGGAAGCUGAGCGCCAGGCCAUCCAGUCCUUGCGCCAGGGGGGUGCCUUGACAAGCAAGUUCCUGAGCAUGUCAUCCAUCCCCAGCUGCCUUCUGGGGGUGGCCCUUGAAGGCGAGACCAACAACCACGGGCAUGCGUCCUUGCUUCAGCACGUUCUGCUCCUGGAACAGGCACGACAGCAGAACACACUAAUUGCUGUUCCUCUGCACGGCCAAUCCCCUCUGGUGACAGGGGAGCGCAUCCCCUCUAACCUACGGACUGUAACCAAGUUGCCUCGACACCGCCCACUGAGCCGCACCCAAUCGUCACCACUGCCUCAGAGCCCUCAAGCGCUGCAGCAUUUGGUUGUGCAGCAACAGCAUCAGCAUUUCCUGGAGAAACAGAAACAGCAGCAGCAGAUCCAGUUGGGAAAGAUCAUCACUAAGACUGGGGAGCUGCCACGGCCACCCACAACGCAUCCAGAAGAGACAGAAGAGGAGCUGACGGAGCAACAGGAGUCCUUGGGCCUGGGCCUGGGCUUGGGCCUGGGCCAGGGGCCCUUCAUGGUUGAUGGGCCAACGGAGAGUGAGGGAACGCAGGAUGACCUGGAAGAGGAGGAAGAGGAGAUCAAGGAGGGAGAGGAGGAGGAGACGGUUGAAGAGCAGGGCCGUCUUCAAGUAAAGGAUGAGGCUGGGGAGAGCAGACUGGGAGAAGAAGAGCAGGAGGUGGAGGAACUUGGAGUGACUUAUAAGCAGGUGUUUGCAGAUGCACAUCAGCUUCGGUCCCUUCAGCUGUACCAGACCCCCCUGAGUAUCAGCACUCUACCCCAUCAAGUCCUCAGCCGCACCCAGUCUUCACCUGCCAGUACUAGUCUGAAGAGCAGUACAGCUGAACCCUUGGCCAAUCACCUUUUCACUACAGGCAUAGUUUAUGACACAUUCAUGCUGAAGCAUCAGUGUACAUGUGGAAACACUAAUAUUCACCCAGAGCAUGCUGGGAGAAUCCAGAGUAUCUGGUCCAGAUUACAGGAGACAGGGUUGCUAAGCAAGUGUGAGAGGAUCCGAGGCCGGAAAGCAACAUUGGAUGAAAUUCAGACAGUCCAUUCCGAGCAUCACACGUUAUUAUAUGGAACCAGUCCCUUGAACCGGCAAAAACUUGACAGCAAGAAAUUACUAGGCCCUCUUACUCAGAAGAUGUAUACUGUCCUCCCAUGUGGUGGGAUUGGGGUUGACAGCGACACAGUAUGGAAUGAGAUGCACUCAUCCAGUGCAGUUCGCAUGGCUGUUGGCUGCUUGGUGGAGCUGGCCUUUAAAGUGGCAUCUGGGGAACUGAAGAAUGGAUUUGCUGUCAUUCGGCCUCCAGGUCAUCAUGCAGAAGAGUCCACAGCUAUGGGCUUCUGCUUUUUCAACUCUGUUGCCAUUGCUGCCAAGCUCCUCCAGCAAAAACUUGCCAUCAGCAAAAUCCUUAUUGUGGAUUGGGAUAUCCACCAUGGCAAUGGCACCCAGCAGGCAUUCUAUAGUGACCCCAAUGUGCUCUAUGUCUCUCUCCAUCGCUUUGACAAUGGCAAUUUCUUCCCAGGCAGUGGAGCUCCUGAAGAGGUCGGCAGUGGGAUGGGUGUAGGUUACAAUGUAAACAUUGCCUGGACUGGUGGAGUGGACCCCCCAAUUGGUGACGUGGAGUACCUGACCGCCUUCCGGACUGUGGUGAUGCCAAUAGCCAAUGAGUUCUCCCCAGAUGUGGUCCUUGUUUCUGCUGGCUUCGAUGCCGUGGAGGGGCACCUGUCCCCACUGGGUGGAUAUUCUGUCACCGCCAAAUGUUUUGGGCACCUGACCAAGCAGCUGAUGAAACUGGCAGGUGGGCGUGUUGUCCUAGCCUUGGAGGGAGGCCAUGAUCUGACAGCCAUCUGCGAUGCCUCUGAGGCUUGUGUCUCCGCCUUGCUCGGCCUUGAGCUGGAACAGCUAGAUGAAGAUUUGUUGCGACAAAAGCCCAAUGCCAAUGCUGUGGCCACGCUGGAGAAUGUCAUUGAAAUCCAGAGCAAGCACUGGAGUUCAGUGAAAUGUUCCGCAGCGAUUGUUGGUUGUUCCUUGCUGGAGGCACAGAAGGGCGAGGCUGAGGAGGCCGAGACAGUCAGCGCCAUGGCAUCACUGUCAGUAGACACAGAGCAGGGGAAAGCUGAUGGCGGUGUCCGACAAACAGAAGAGCCAAUGGAGGCCGAACCUGUGUUGUGAAGUGCCAAGACUUCAAUUUGUGUAGCUGUCACUCUGUGGGUUAAUUGGUCAUUUGUGAGUUCGUUAAAACAACAACAACAACAACAACAAAUUAAUUUUUUUAUCUAUUAAAAAGAAAAAAAACGGAAAAAAGAGUUGCACUGGACAAAAUGAGCCUGUGUGUGCGUGUGUGUGCGUGAUCGCGUCAGUCUCCUGGCAUUCGUUCUCACCAGCAUCACCGUUUUGUCCUAACUCUUUGAGAUUUGCAGGGGGAAUGGUGGUAGCUUUCACAUGGGCAUCUCCUCCAUUUUUCCUUUCUUAGGCAUCAUUUGCUCCACCCCACCCCUAUUCUAGCCACUAAGCUCAUCCCCGCUUCUCAAGCCUGGCACGAACCAUUUUGUUGCCUCAGGUGAUCAUUAACUAAUUCUCUCUUUCUUUCUCUGUCUCACUCUCUCUCACACACACACACUCCCCACAAGACUUUCAAGAAGCCAAGAGAGGAGAGAGCUGUGUUCCCUCCUCAGAGGCUUUCCCAGUUUCAGCACCCUUUUCCUGUCCCAUCUAUGUGAGUGGAGACCUCCUCCAUCCCCUUGUGUAGAGUGAGGGGAGCUGGGUUGCCGUCAGGAAAGCUGACGAGGUGGGCUUCUAACUUCCAGAGACUAGGGCAGGAGGGAGAUCGUGUUUUCCUCCUUGGGAGAUUUUCCAUGUAGCCUGGAACCCCUGGGAUUCUUGCUGCUCUAGGCAACCAUCUCUCCUGCCUAUUGGGCUGGCCCAGCCCCUGCCCCAUCUUGCAGAAUUUGCCCCAAAAUGCCAUUUCUCUACUCUGGGAUAGUUGCACAUUUAGAAGGGAUUGAAGGCUAACCCCCUAUUGCAUUUUACAAUAUGUUUCCUUGCCUCCUUAGUUUCUGACCUUAGGUCCUCACUCUUUCCUUCCCACAUCCCAGCAAAAAUAUUGGGUUUUCUGGACUGAAUCUGUUUAGAUCUGAUCCUGACCUUUAUUGCCUCAUUCUCUCUGUCCCCUGAUCCAUCUCAGCUGUAAAAUGUUCUUCAUUAUCUAUACUUUAGAAUUAAACUCUUGGAAAAGCCCCCCAGGUGAGGAGAAAGGAAAAAUGUGUGCCUUUAAGUCAUUUUUGUUAAUGCCUUAAUUUCCCUGUGAGUUCACUUUUUCUUCUCCAUUCCACCCCCAGCCAGACCCAUCUUAGUUAACCGUUUAUGUGGGAGAUAAUCCUGUUUAACCAUGGAAAGGAAUCCCAUGUAAUCUCGAGCACACGACCUGGAUCCAGCUCCAGCUGUGCAUAAACAAACCCUUAAUGUAUCUGAGUUGUUUGGCGAUGAUGUGGAUGGGGAUACUCAUUUGAACACACAUCACAAGAGGCAUUCAGAGCAGUGUAGCACAAAGCAGACAGGCUGCAUCCUCAGUUGCAAAUUUAGUUGCGGAUCUGAAAUGUGUGUCUGAGUUAUGCCUGCAGUUCCCAGUCUGGCAAGGAAUACACACAUGAAACCUGUUUUACAAGCAUGGAUAUCCUUAGCCGGAUCAGGCCAUGUGUCAUUGAAAUCCCUUUUGUAAUGAAGACUUUUGUUGACUGUUCAAUGACCAAUGCUUUCUUGAAGUUCUCUCUCUUUUCUUCUCUGUUCUUUUUCCCCCUUCUUCAUUUUGUCAUUGUUUGAAAUACUCCUCAUCACUUAUUGUAAAUAAUUUGAUUUCUUGUAUCAUGUGCACAAACUUUGUUUCAAUGAAACUCUGUCCAUUCAUAAAGAAAAAGAAAAAAAAAAGAAAAAGGAGAGAAUGCUGUUACUUCACCAGCCAAAAAAGAAAGAAAAAGAAAAAAAAAGAAAAAAAACAAUUUUAGCUUUUAAAAGAAAUGGAUAUAAAGAAAAAAGGUAUAUAAUUUUAUUACAGAUGUAUUAUUUAAUAGUAUUUUUUUAACUCGUACCACAAAACUCUCCUUUCCUUUGGAAAGCUGCUAGCAGGGAUAAUGCAACAAAGGAAAUGAUGGGGCUUGUAUUGUUUUCACUAAUUCAGGGCAAUGGGAUUUCUAAACUGUGUGUGGGAUGGGUGGGGGAGGCACUGGGGAGGGGGGUUGGAAGUUGCGUGGAAUGUAAGACUGUGAUGUGUUUUUAGCUGCACUUAAUGGUUGUUAACCUUGCCAGGGUUUGUUUCAGGAAUCCCUGGGUUUGCUUCAGGUUUAGUCUUCCCAACUGUUCCAUGGUGGAAGGGCAAUGUUUCCUCCCAGAUUUUCUUAUGAGAUAUUCAUUCUCUUAUCCAUGGUGAAGGGUGAGACAUGCCCAGACAGUGCUUUCCUUCUUCCAUUUCUUCAAGUAUAAUAGAUAGCUAGUAGCUGGAUCCAUAGAACAGCAAAGAGGCAGAGGGCAGCAAAACCCACUGCUUCAGUGCAGCGUGUUCUGAUUUAUCAAACACAGUGGCUUGGUUCAUACAUAACACUAAGCCAGGGUGUGGCUUAUGAAAAUCUGGCUUCUUGUUGACCUGGUUUGCAUGGCCUGAUGCAGUUCCCAUGAGCCUUGGUGCCACUUUGCAUAUUCAACCCCUCAAGUCUGGUCUAGGGUUAUGCAACAGCUAUAUAAUCUUGCAUGACCCACUCUUGCUGGAGUUGCACAAGCCCUGAGUGGGGGUCAGAUAUCCAAAAUGGCGGCUGCAUGUGCACCACAGCCUCAUCCACGGGGAGCUGUUGUGUUACAUGGACUAGCCAGUGCCUGAACCCAUUCUUGGAGACAAGCCAUGGUACAGUACAGAAAUUAAAGUCAUUAUUUGUAGUUGGCUUAUAGAUUCUGGCUUGUUUAACCUAUGGCUUGUAUUGAUGUGUAAACUCACACUGGUGGCUUGUCCCUGGCUUGUUUGUGUUGCUUUCUACCUUGAAAGAGCAGCCUGAAAAUGAACUUUCUCUGAAGGCUGGCAAAGGGACAGGGGAAAAAAAGAGAAAACAAACCACUUAUCAUUUGCUUGCCUCCAAGACAAUUCAUGACCAAAGCAACAAGCCAUGGUUAAAAAUAGCUUUUCAUUAUGUGCAAAUGCAGUACCAGCUGCAUAAAAACCUGGGUGAUGGGGAUGGAGGCUGGAGAUUUGCAAAAACCAACAACAGGGAAAAAUAUGACUGAAAAAUAGAGAAGCUAGGGAAGAGGAUCCUCAUGUGGAUUGUCAGUAUAGAAGAAUUUGAGCAUGCAGGGAAGCCUUUGCUCUCCACUCUGAUGGUGGUGCCUCUUUGCCACAGCUGGAGUGGGAUAGCAAGCCAAUCCCAUGCAAUAUCCUAGACACGCAAGAGGGUCUGAGGAUGGAUUCAGGGAACUGAGCUGUGUGGGAGAACCUCCAACCAUUUCUGAAUUUUCAUGUUUGUGUUAUUUUUAACAUACCCACAAGUAUAGAUUUUGCAUUAGUAGCAAGGAAGAACAAGCCAUAUGUGCGGGACGGAGAGGUGAAAUGCAUCCUUGCCAGGAAGGGAAGCAAUAUUGGAUGGCCAAUUUGUUAUGUUAGCUGCCACCUGUAACUUUAACUACCACACCAGGAUUUCCCAAGUUGGCAUCCUUCAGAUGUGUUGGAUUACAGCACCCAUCAUCCUCAGACAGCAUGGGAAGGUGCUAGACUGGGAAGGCUCUACCAGACCGAGAAUUUUCCAUCUCCAUCUAUAGCACCAAAAGCUUUAUUAUUAGCAUUAUUGUAAACGGUGGAAUAAUGAUGAAAAUGACCAAGAUGGGAGAAUUUACAAUUGGUUUCUAAUCCCCACUUUCCUGCUCCCUGCAUUCUAGCAGUGUUGUGCUGAAGUUUCCUGAUUUUUUUUACCAACAACAAUGCUGUCAGCACACUGUGCAUGGAACCACACAAUAACAUUGCCACAUUCCUGACUAUGCUGGGGAGGUGUGCUAAUAUGGAUCAUGGAUGACCACACCUUUAAAAACAUCUCUCCUUUACAAUGCUUGUAUAAAGCAUACCACCACACCCAUCGCUCUCCUUUGGUUUUCAGGUCUUUCCCAUCAUGGCAGCCCUCAGUAACUGCAGUCAUGUCAGCUCAAGAAAUUUAGCUGCCUAAAAUGAAGCCCAGGGCCAGUAUGUCCCAUCUCCACAACCACCGCUGCCUCCAUGUCAAUUUGGACCAACACUUUGAAAAGUUUUACAGCACUAUUCAGAUACCAGUCCCUGCCUUCACUGCCCCUUGUGCUUGCAUGGUUUCAUGGCUGGGCCAGCCUGACUUCAGCCCAGUAAUGGGACCAAUUCCCAUGGCUAGGUUGACCCAAGAACUUCCCACAUUCCCAGAUGGCACUUUAAGGGUGUGUACCCUUAAACAGGACUCGCCAUUUUAUUUCUAUCCCACAAAGGGAGCCUUUGAGGCAGGGAAAGUGUUCUCCCAUGCCUUCAAAGUGCAGUUGACAGAUGUAUUUUCCAGUGUUUUGAACACUGAGCUCAGUUCUCUGUGCUGUCCUCCCUCCAGUCUUCAGCUGACCCAUAAACAAAUUAAGCAAUUAAGCAUAGCAUUAAAUAUAUUCAUGUAAAUGCUUGACGCUUUCUGGAUUUGUCUUUAAAGGGAAAACCCAUUUGAAAAAAGCUACAAAACUGCUCUGGCCUGGGGCUGGAAAAAGGUUGGCAACAUCACAUGCACCUGCCAAUUAGUGCUGUUCAGUCUGGCAGAAUUGGUUGCCCUGAAUCGAUUCUAGACGGGUAGUUUGUAUAGCUGUGUACGAUACAAAGCGUGUGCUUCUGUGGGGGUUUACUCAAAGUGCAUCUGAACUUCCCCUCAAUUUAUCCUUAGCAAAAUGUGCAGCGCUCAGUAGUUGUGAAAGUGAAGCAUCCUGUGGUAUGUGGUUUUGCACCUCCUCUGGGGUAGAUUGCUCAGCUUUGGCCUGCUGUGGUAUACCUGAGCACCACUUGUGCUGUGUGGACAGGCAGGGAGAUGGUCGCACAUGGUCGAACUCCUCAAAUACCUGAAGGGGCACAGAUUUGUCCUUUGCUGUCUUAGAAGACAGGACUCAAUUUAAUGGGCUUCAGGAGGGUGGUUGGACAUCAGGAGAAACAUCACACUUGGAAAGGCAGUUCAGUGUGGGAACCAAUUGCUUUUGAUGUGUAGGAAGCUCUCCCUUGUGAAGGCAUUCAAGCAGAGGUCUGAGUAGGCAUUUUCUAGCUCUAAAUUUCCUAUACAGAAUACGGGGUUGGACUGGAUUACCUAUUCCAACUCUGUGAUUCUAUGAAAUCAUACUGAGAGCAUACAAUAGUUUUCCCAGCAAUCUGGAAUUAUUGUACAUGCUUCUCUCUCCAGUGUAUAUGUUUUCUCUCCAGUUCUCAUAUUUUGGUUUACCUGCCAGUUACAGAAGAUGGGACUGGGCUGGGUUUGCUUAGCUUAGUGUAUAUGGAAGGACCUCUCUGCUUAAAGAAGGAAGUAAAAUUUCUUGAUGCAUGGAUUUAAUCCAUACACAGUGGAGCCUCAUGAGGGGGUUGGGAAGAGACCCUAAAUCUGCCUCUACCAAUGUUCUGUUCCAUUCUAUACGCCAUCUGCAGUUCUGCCAUUAUGGAUCGGAAGACUUGAGUCAAAUCUACAGCCCUAGAGAAUGUGAGGUCUAGUUGCCUAACCAAGGAGAUUUACUAGGCCAGGUUUAGGUCCUGAUAUAUAUAUAUAUAUAUAUAUAUUUAAAAAAUCAUACUGUGGAAUUGGGGGGGGGGAGCCAUAGGGGCUGUUUUUCCCUAUUCCACAUCCAUACCCCACCCCCCCACACACCCCCAGGCUGAUAGUCAGUGGCAGACUGCCAUCCCAUGAACAUUGUUGAGUAACAGCAUUGCUUGGUGGUUUUUUCAUUUUUUUGCUCUCCUUGGAACUUUAAUAGAGAUAGGUGAAAGUUUUAUUGGAAUGAUUUGCAAUAGACCAGGAAUGGUUUCUGAUUCCCAACAGCAACCACAAGGUGGCUUUCACCCACCAUCUUCUCAAUUUAGUCUGUUGAGAUAAAGGAAAACUUGUGUGAUACAGAGUGCCAGGAAUAGAUUUUUGCACAGCAGAAUUAGGAGCUCAGUUUGGGUAGUUAAAACAAAUCCCUGGACUGAGCAUAUACUCAGAGGCAUCCUGUUCUGAAUUCUAAGUUGGGAUGGCUUUUCACCCAGUGGUGUAGUGAAGGCACUUACCGUGGAGGUGCUGCCAUGCCCCCAAGGAGAGCCCACCAGUGCUGGUGGAUCUGCACCAGUAGCUAUUCAAGACCAAGCCACUGCAAUAUACUUCACCUUCAGAAUAAUAUAUUGUUGCUGGGAAAAUUCUCCCCAGCUACUGUAAGCAUCAAUGGGGAGUUCUCAGGGGUGGCAGAUUACAUCAGUGCUCCAGUAAGGAAAGUAGUACUGGUACUGCAUCCCUGUCAUUUCUAGUGCCACUAACCUCUGCUUACCAGCCACUAUUUCAAGCCACCUUUUUGCACCUGCUCUAGUUCAUAGGCCUCAAGCUUCCAAAAAAAACAUAAUAGAAAUCUCACAGCUUGAAGUCUGCCUGCCUCUGGCUUAAAGCAUCGCACACACCUCCUCUUUCUUUAUUAGGAGAUAGAGCAGAUAGAGUGAGUGACAUUCUGGGGAGGCCCAACCACUGUGGUUAUGAAGUUCAUUGUAAUAGGUUGAAUCUAGACUAACACAAUGCUAUGUGUGUCUGCUUGGAAGUAAGCUAUAUGGAGUUAAAUGGAGGAUACUCCCAGUUAAAUGAGUUGUACUGAUGUCCCAGUGAGAUCAGUGGGACAAGUCAUAACUUAGUUCCUAGUGAAAUCAGUGGGCCUUAAGGGCAACUGACUUACAUCUGGCUCCAACCCAGUCAAUGUUUCUAAGUUUAAAACAUGUUCAAGGCAGCACAUUGGUUUGAUGCACUGAUCUGGCUUACAUGUAACAGCAGUUUGUCUGUUAUUUAAUUCACAAAUAGCCAAAAUUUAGCAAGAACAAGCUUGCUGCUCCUGGUGACGCAUCAUUUCUAAUUUCAAUUAGCAACCCCAUUCAUAGGUUGUUAGUGUGACAUUCUAAUCUAGACACUCUGGAUUGUUCAGAGUUAACCUAGAAACAAACCAUGGUUUAACUCUGGAUUGUUUAACCCUAAAACAGCACAGAGCAUCUAGGUUCAGGCAUUACUUUAAACAACCAGUGAAUGGGGUGAUCAUAGGUUAUUAAUUGAAAGUGGAAUUGAAAGUGAUAGGUUUCUAAUUGAAAGUGGAAAGCUGCCAGGGCAGCAUACCCAAUUGCUCCUGCUUGUUCCUAACAACCCAUGGGUGGUUGUGACAUGUGAACCAGCCCACUGGGUCAGUUUUUACGAGGAAGAUAUACAAGGAUUGAAAUUUUUGCUCCUGCAGAAAUUAAGGUCAGGACAAGGUAACAUUUAUAGCAGGCUGAUAGGCAUUUCUAAUUUUGUGCACAUAAGGUGUAGAGGACAACGGGGGAGUCUGUGGUGGCCCUUCAGAUAUUGGACAUCAGCUCCCAUCAUCCUCAGCCACCAUGGCCAAUGAUCAGAGAUAAUGGAGCAGAGUAUAGUCCCAACUUCUGAAGGAGUACAGGUUUUGCAGCCCUGUUAUAGGUGGAGACUCUCCUAAGAGUGCGUAAAUCCUUCCUGUCUGUCCACACAGGAGAUUCUUUCAUUCACAUAUGAGUCGCAACAUCCUCUGCACCGCAUCUUCUUUUCACAGGCGCUGCUGUCCAUUUGCAGUUUGUGGGAAGUUCUUGUGCAGACCUAGAGAUCUGCAGAAGGCAACAGGCUGCUUUUGUCUCUAGGCUAAACAGUGCCUAGUACACCGAGGCUUCCACCAGGGCAUGUGAACAGGGUGACCCAUGGAGUUGUGGGUGUAUUGUCGGCAUCGCUGCAGGAUGUAGUCUUUGUCCGCAGUACAAGCUUUUUAUGUCCCAUGCACCUAUUUCUGCACAGAAGCAAACUGCAUUCACCAGAUCAGGGGCUGAUACAAAGCUAUCGAUCCUAUUUUUUCCCUUUUCCUUGCUCUCAGAGAUUUGUAAUAAAGUUAUAAUCUGAAAAAAACCUCACCCUUCAUCUCAAUCAAGAAAGAUUUCAGCUAAAUUUAAUGACAGCAUUUCAAUUAAGAUGGGAUGGGCCAUGCAUUUAGGGUUUGUCACAGUUCCAUCUCUGUUUCUAACUUCUCUCUCUGGUUUUUGUUUAUUUUUUUGUCUGGAUAGAGUGAGGUGGGAGGAAGGCAAGAGAAAUGUUCACCAGCCAUUGUUUCCACACUGUUUCUCAUCUUGGAUUUUAAUUUGUGAGGAGGGAGAAGUGCAAGCCAGCCAAGGGUAGCAAAUACUUUGAAAAGCCAUUAGUCUUCAGGACAACAGCAUGGAACAAUUGAGUGUGCGUGCGUACGUGUGCGCGUGUGCAUGUGUUACAACUCCCAUUCUAUGAGUAUCCUUUUAACAGGAUACAACACCAGUAUUAAGUUGUCAAGGGGGUUGUUCUUGUGGAGGGGAAUUGGGACUUGUCUUUUUUUUUAAUCAGUCCCCAUCCCAUGACAUUGGAAGAUGCCCCUUUAAGUGGGGAAUACCUGUAGUUUGUUUUUUGUUUUGUUUUUUCCCUCCUCUUGCUUUUUUCUCUUUUCUGUCUUUCUCUCUUUCUCUCUGGAUACAAUUUUCAGUUGAGUAUUUUGUAAUAUGUUCCAAUGUUUGUCCUUGUGUAAAUAAAAUUGUUUCUGGCAAUA